AUGCCAAUGCAAUAUAAACCAUCAGUUGAAGCUCAAGGUGCAAAACCACCACAAAUUCCAUCUCCAGGUAAUAAUUCAUUCUUAGGUGAUACUUUCACAUCAGAUGCACCAAAAGAUCAACAAAUUUCUUGUGGAUUUUAUAGACAAGAAGCUGGUGAACCAUUAGUUUAUGAAUAUACUUAUGAUGAAAUGAAAAUUAUUUUAGAAGUUGAUGGUGAAUUUACUUUAACUGAUGAGGCUGGAAAAACAGUUAGUGCUAAAGUUGGUGAUGUUUUUUAUUUCCCAAAAGGUACAACUAUUACUUUCCAAUCAACUGGUUAUGCUUUAGCUUUCUUUACUGGUUUAAGACCAAAUGGUGCUGCUUAA